AUGAGUGGAGGUCGCUUUGAGUUUGACGACGGCGGAGCUUACUGCGGAGGCUGGGAGGGAGGCAAAGCCCACGGCCAUGGCAUCUGCACCGGUCCCAAGGGCCAGGGCGAGUUCUCCGGCUCCUGGAACUACGGUUUCGAAGUGGUGGGAGUCUACACCUGGCCCAGCGGGAACACCUACGAGGGCUACUGGUCGCAGGGGAAGCGUCACGGCCUGGGAGUAGAAACCAAAGGACACUGGAUUUACAGAGGGGAAUGGACUCAUGGCUUCAAAGGGAGAUAUGGCGUCCGGAUCAGUGUUGGCAGUGGAGCAAAGUACGAAGGAACAUGGAAUAAUGGGCUUCAGGAUGGAUAUGGAACAGAAACAUAUGCUGAUGGAGGCACUUUCCAGGGUCAGUUCACAGGUGGGAUGCGUCACGGCUAUGGAGUCCGGCAGAGCGUCCCUUAUGGGAUGGCAGCAGUUGUACGCUCCCCUCUUCGUACCUCCCUGACCUCCCUUCGCAGCGAACACAGCAACGGCACUGUCCUGCAGCAAGACAUCCCCCUCAUCACCACCACCAACGCCUCAGGUGAGGAGACACCUGUUGCUACACCUACCCAGCUGGGACCGUCCCGCGGAGGCUUUGCCCUCACUCUCCAGGUGGACCCAGAGGCUGUGAAACCCAAGAAGAAGGGCCUGUUUCGUAGGGGCUCCCUGCUGGGUAAGCUGAAGAAGUCCGAUUCAAGUACCUCGCUGUCCAGCCAGAAGAGCAAGAUCAGCUUCCUGAGAACGGAAUCGGCUCUCAGCUCCAACGCCAGCGACACCAACUCCACCAUCAGCCUUGGGGACGAGAGCCUGGCCGGAGCCGAGGAUUUUCCCCCAGUCGAGGCUGACAUUGAUGCCACCACCACGGAGGUCUACAUGGGCGAGUGGAAGAACGACAAACGCUCAGGAUAUGGAAUAAGUGAAAGGUCCAGCGGGCUAAAAUAUGAGGGCGAGUGGCUGAACAACCAGAGACACGGCUAUGGCUGCACCACCUUCGCCGAGGGAGGAAAAGAGGAGGGCAAGUACAUGAACAACAUGCUGGUAAAGGCCAUGAAGAAGAGGGUGAUCCAGCUGAAGGGAACGAAGAUCAAGCAGAAGGUUGAGCGGGCGGUGGAAGGCGCUCAGAGAGCCGCAGCCAUUGGCAAACAGAAGGCAGAGAUUGCUGCUUCUAGGACGACCCAUUCAAAGGCCAAGGCAGAGGGAGCGGAGCAGGCCUCUCAGGCCUCAAACAGUGAGUCCAGCAUCGCCAGACUGGUGGCCAAAGAACUUUCCCCGUCCUUCUACCAGCCAGGUCCUGAGUAUCUGAAGAAGAGAGUGUUACAGGAGGUCUUAGAGGGAAGUGAGACCACAGACACUGCCAUGCAUGAGCCGCUGCUCGCUGAGGAGGAGCCCCUGCCCACGCCACCCGAGAGCCCACUCAUGAAUGAACUGGACAGCCUCAUGCCCGGCUCAUCCCCGGGCCGCACCCCCUCCCCGAGCCCCGGGAUCAUCAGCAAGGAAGACCCCAAACUCCUCAGUCCAGGAAGCUGGAACGAAGACAGAACCAUUAAAGCGGGUGGCAGUAAGGGUAGCAGUAAACCCAACAGCAGGCCCAAUAGUCGCCCUACUACUCCGUCAACCUCUGUUCCUGCUCCCGCCCCGGUGGCACUUGAAGCUGGAGGAGCCUCCGGCAGUCGCGGCCCCUCUCGCACCCCAAGCCGUCAGAGCAACAAGAUCGAGCAGGGCUCGGACCUGGAGAUCAAGCCGCUGCAGAAGUUUGACUCGGACGUGAAAGCUCCAGAUGUCACUCCUGCACCUGUUGCCCCUGUAAGGAAUAACCUCAUCUCUCCAGAUGAAGAAGAAGCACCGCGCCCCGCCACCAAAGUCCCUGCCAAAGCGGUCACCCCUGAGCCUAAAACCAUUGAGGUCAAGACCGAAAGAGCUCCAUCAGUCCAUGAACGAGUACCAUCAGUCCAUGAACAAGCACCAUCAGUCCAUGAACGAGCACCAUCAGUCCAUGAACGAGCACCAUCUGUCUCUGAGAACAAAGUGGAGUCCAGGGAGGCGAGCAGGCCGUCAAGCAAACUAGAGACAAAGCCAAUACCAAAACGACAACUGAGCCCAGCUCCACCCCCGAAACCUACACCCAGUCCUGAACCUAAGCCAGCACCAAAGCAAGUGGAAGCCAAAGCCAUUGUUGCCAAACCAGCUCCAAAGGUGGAGCCCAAAGCAGAAGCCAGACUGAUGAAGGCCAUGGUGUCGAGCGCGAGUCAUGAUGCGAACGCAGAGUCUUUGGAGCUUGAGGGUCCAAACACCAUAAUGAUCUGCAUGGUCAUCCUGCUGAACAUCGGCCUGGCGAUUCUCUUCGUACACAUUUUGUCAUGAGACAUUGUCCACCACCUGAGGUCAGCAGCAGCGUUGGAGAGAGAGACGGCCUGCCUCCCCCUCAGUUAGGACCAGAGAUCAAAGACCACCGCUGAGGAGAAGAGAAAGAAGCCUCACGCAGACCGCCACAGCUCCUCUUAAAGGUUUCUGUUGAUGUGACUGUGUGAGGCUCUGUGAAGCUCCUCUCUUUGACAAACUGAAGGACAUGAAACAGAUUCAGUCCGUCUGAAUGAGAUGAUGUUUGUGUGUUAAAGUUGGGGUUUGAGGGUUAAGAGUACGUCCUCAGUGCUUACACUGGAGAAGUAGCACUCAAAAAGUCUCAACUUCCUCACAGUGUGUCACAAGUGUGUUAAAAUGAAUGCAUAAAAAAAGAAAGGCUUUAAACUCAAUCAUCAAUCGGCACACACCGACUGAUUAGACAAUCUCAGUAGAUAAAUACACUUUGUCACAAUAUGUUUGUUCAUAUUAUGAAGGAAACUGAAUAUCCUCUCUAUUAUGCCUUAAACUUGACACGAAUUCAAACAAUGUGUGAAAGAUUUAGUAGUUAUAACUGUUACUAUCAUUGUUUUAAUUGUCUGCGAAGCAGAAAAAGAAGAAGAUUCAUUAAGUUGGUAAAUGUGUCUCCAGAAAAUACUGCAAAAUGUAAUCAAACGCUACUGUAAAGCCAGUUUAUUGUCUUCAUCUUGAUGCUCUUCAGUCUCUUUAAGACUACAAAGCAUUUUGAGUUGCAAUUCGGCUAAAUUGCAUUCGAGACUGUGGUGUACUACACUGUGAAACUUUAUAUUUUCACUGGGAUUUAUAUGCGUUUAUUGUCAUUGUGCUGCUUUGGUUUGGGAGCUGAUGAACCCGUUAGAGAAGGAAAAUAGGAAGCUUAUGAGUGUUACUGUACUGUAUGUUCCUGCGCUGUUUCUCAUAAGCACCCAGGUGGUUUUAAAUGGGAGUUGUGUAUGUUUUGCAGUAGAUUGAGCAAUGAAGGCUGGGAUUUAUCUCAUUUUAAACAAUCACUGUAUGUUGUAGUAAGGUUUCCCAAUCUACAGAUUUAUAUUAAAACAUUAGCACCAGCAGGAGGCGGGUUUGGAGGAUGUUUGCCUGUGAGCUAUUCAUGUAUCUUUCAGUGUAGAAACCUGUUGUUCCACAUCGCAUUGUAUUCAGGGCCUGUUGUGCUUUUAGAGCCAAAUACGACUUUUGUACGCAUGAGGGCACUUUGUGUGUAUGUGUCUGUAUUUUUGUACCGUUUUGACAUGCACAUCUUUUCAGUACUCAAAAUAUUCUUUAGUAGGAGUUUUGUCAAAAGCAAAUAUGCAACCCUAAAAAAAAUAUAGAAUGGUUCUGAACUCCAUGUCUUACAUUCAAAGGAGCCGAUGUGCUGUUUAAUUUUCAUCCCUUAUUGUUUUAUCCAUUUAAUACACAGCUUUUAAAAACAACACAAAGGUUUUUAGCUGCAAUUGUUUUGCCUUCGAGUUUGCAAAUGAACACCCAGGCCACAGGUUGUUCAUUGUUUUCAUGCAAAAAAAAGAAGGAAAAUCUCGUAUUUUAAAUAAAUUUUUGCCCAAUAGUUUACCAUAAAAAAAUGCAUAAAUUAAUAACAAAAGACAACUGUCAGAUGAACUCAAUGAAAAAUGCAAUAAAACUGUAUUCAUAUAGGUCAGUGUAUUGUAGAAGCCAUUUUCUGUUUCAGUGCAUUCAAUUAAGUCAGAUAAUAUUGCUGAAUUUGAAGAAAUGCAUUUGUUUGCAGCCAAAACUGGUCAAAAUUGCAAUGCUGAAAUUAAAUAAUAAAAAAAACUUUUUCAACACUUG